UAGCCACACCCAGGGAAGUCAGUGUCCUCACCUUUUAGCAGCCCGCCUCGGUUCCUGCGGACGCUUCCCUGGGCUCCCGGCUCUGCCUCUGUCCACUGCCGCCUUGCCACCCACCAUGGCCCUGCUGCACUCUAGCCGCGUCCUCUCCGGGGUGGCUGCCGCCUUUCACCCAGGCCUUGCGGCCGCAGCCUCUGCCAGAGCCAGCUCCUGGUGGGCCCAUGUAGAAAUGGGACCCCCAGAUCCCAUCCUGGGGGUCACUGAAGCCUUCAAGAGAGAUACCAACAGCAAAAAGAUGAACCUGGGAGUGGGUGCCUACCGAGAUGACAAUGGGAAGCCUUACGUGCUCCCCAGUGUCCGGAAGGCAGAGGCCCAGAUUGCUGCAAAAAAUUUGGACAAAGAGUACCUGCCCAUCGGGGGGCUGGCGGACUUCUGUAAGGCUUCUGCAGAACUGGCCCUGGGUGAGAACAGCGAAGUGCUGAAAAGUGGCCGGUUUGUCACUGUGCAGACCAUUUCCGGGACGGGAGCCUUAAGGAUCGGAGCCAGCUUCCUGCAAAGAUUUUUUAAGUUCAGCCGAGAUGUCUUUCUUCCCAAACCAUCCUGGGGAAAUCACACACCCAUCUUCAGGGAUGCCGGCAUGCAGCUACAAGGCUAUCGAUACUAUGACCCCAAGACUUGUGGAUUUGACUUCACAGGAGCCAUGGAAGACAUUUCAAAAAUCCCAGAACAGAGCGUCCUCCUCCUGCAUGCCUGUGCUCACAACCCCACAGGUGUGGACCCGCGUCCAGAGCAGUGGAAGGAGAUCGCGGCGGUGGUGAAGAAAAAGAAUCUGUUUGCAUUCUUUGAUAUGGCCUACCAAGGCUUUGCCAGUGGUGACGGCAAUAAGGAUGCCUGGGCUGUGCGCUACUUCAUCGAGCAGGGCAUUAAUGUUUGCGUCUGCCAAUCAUAUGCCAAGAACAUGGGCCUAUAUGGUGAGCGUGUGGGAGCCUUCACUGUGAUCUGCAAAGAUGCCGAUGAAGCCAAAAGGGUGGAGUCGCAGCUGAAGAUCCUGAUCCGUCCCAUGUAUUCCAACCCACCUCUCAAUGGCGCCCGCAUCGCAGCCACCAUCCUGACCUCCCCAGACUUGAGAAAGCAAUGGUUGCAAGAAGUGAAAGGCAUGGCCGACCGCAUCAUUAGCAUGAGGACCCAGUUGGUCUCAAACCUGAAGAAAGAGGGCUCAUCCCACAACUGGCAGCACAUCACCGACCAGAUUGGCAUGUUUUGUUUCACUGGCCUGAAGCCUGAGCAGGUGGAGCGGCUGACCAAGGAGUUCUCGGUCUACAUGACGAAGGAUGGCCGCAUCUCCGUGGCAGGGGUCACCUCUGGCAACGUGGGCUACCUUGCCCAUGCCAUUCACCAGGUCACCAAGUAAUGACCAGGGUGCAAAGGAACAGAGAGUCACGUGUGGGACGGGGGGGGGGGGGGAUGGUGGUGAGUAGAUCAUGUUUUCAACCACAGUGCAUAACGAAUGUGUUCCUCGGAAAAGGGGAAGGGCAGGAGGCUCCACGGCUGGUGUCUGCAGCUUUGUCGGCUCUAAACCAAACUCCCUCAUCCUUUUGUCUUUUCUGAAAGAGUUUACACGUGCAAGAACAUCGCAGCACCAAAACCCAUGGCUUUACGAAAGCAUCAGAUGGUGCCAGGGGCUCCCCCGGGGACCCACCUGAGGCCACCAUAUUAGAGGUUGUGAGAGGGAAACACCUAGUUAGCAGAUGUCCCUGUGUGCGCUGUCCCGGUGUGGAGCGACUGUGUCAGCGGAUCCCGUACAGAAAUCAUGCUUUACCAAAACCACCGGGUCUGUCGCCAGUUCGGCGAGGACAGUAAAUGUUGUCUCGUCAGCCUGUCUCUUGGCAUCACACUUCUCUGGCGUCUCGUCCCAUUCUGCUUGACUGACCAUUAACCUCAUCCUGUCAGGGUUUCUGUAAGAAUGGAGAGUAGAGUUUUCUGCUCAUGCCAGCCCCUCCGUUCUCAGCAGAGGACAGUGGAGAGUGGGAACCUGCCCUUUCAGUCCCCGUCACUGAUUGGCUCCUACUGGAUGGGGCCUCUGCCCAGCUGGACCCCUUCCUGCAUCCUGGCUGCACAGCCUGUCUCCUCACAUGAGUCAGACAGUGCAGGGUAGGACCAGGAGAUAUUCUGGGGUUUGUGUGCUGCCAGCCCGGCUCAGACUCCGCCCUUUGGAAAGAUAACCACCAUCUGCUCGAAUCCUGUAGACUGGCUGCCGCCUGGUUUCUCUGUUACAUUAAAGUUACUGUAGACCCAG